AAGCAAAGUUGGCGCGCAUUAUCUUCAUUGUUCCCAAAUUGUGCAGUUGUUUGUCUGGAAUCGUUAAAAUAUUGAUGUUUUAUGCUACAUUGUCGCUGUUUACUGAAAGUUAAAAUUACUGCAGUACAUUGAGUGGAUUGCAUUGAGUAAAACAUAGAUUGAUUGAAACUUGCCUGCUUGCUUUUCACGCGAACUUUGUUAAUUCAAACGAGAAAAUGGUUAAUAGUGGAUUAUUGACUACAGGAUGUAUAGCCGACAUCAUGCGCGGAUCGGAGCUGGAGAGUCCGGUGGUGCAGAUCCUCGGAUCCAAGCGUAUUGCUGGAGGUGGCGGUGGGGAACAGUCGGAACGUUACCGGAUGCUCAUUUCCGAUGGGAAGAAUUUGUACAGCUUCGCAAUGCUGGCCACCCAGUUGAACGAUCUUCAUCAUCAGGGUAAACUGGCUGAAUUUACUGUCAUCCGGAUUGACCGGUACGCCACCUCGGUUGUCAAUCGGAACGAACGGGGCGAGAAGCGAGUGCUGAUCAUACUGGAGCUAUCAGUGGUAAAGCCCGGUUCAUCGGUUGGCGAUAAGAUCGGUAAUCCACAACCGCUGACCGAUGCAUCCGGGGCGGGAAAUGGUCCAGCUACUAAUGGAAAUGCGGUUUCUGCUCCACCAUCGAGGAGCGAAUCAACAGGAAGCAUUGGUCAACCCCGCGCUAAAUCCGCCAACAACACGCUGAACAAUUCCGUGGCCAACAUGUCCAUCAAUGACACCCUGACGCAACCCAUUAGCUCCCUGAGUCCGUACCAGAAUAAGUGGGUCAUCAAGGCACGUGUCAUGUCGAAAUCGGCCAUCCGCACUUGGAGCAACGCCAAAGGUGAAGGGAAACUGUUUUCCAUGGACCUGAUGGAUGAAUCGGGCGAAAUUCGAUUAACCGCUUUCAAGGAGCAGUGCGAUAAAUACUACGACAUGAUCGAAGUGGACAAAGUCUAUUUCAUCACCAAGUGUCAGCUAAAGCCAGCCAAUCGUCAGUAUUCUACGCUUAAAAACGAUUACGAAAUGACCAUGAACAGUGAUACGAUUGUGCAAGAGUGCGAAGAUGGUGGGUCUUCGCUGCCGGAGAUCCAGUACAACUUUGUACCGAUAUCACAGAUCGCGAAUAUGGAAGCCAAUGCGAUGAUUGAUGUGAUUGGAGUCUGCAAGGAAGCGGGAGAAGUUCUGCAGUUUACUGCCAAAAGCUCCGGACGAGAACUGAAGAAGCGGGAAAUAGUAAUGGUAGACUCGAGCAGCGUUGCCGUACAGUUGACACUGUGGGGUGAAGAUGCCAUAAGCUUUCCUGCUGGUGCUCAUCCGGUUGUUUUGGUAAAGGGCGCUCGUGUGUCAGAAUUCGGUGGGGGCAAAACGCUUGGCUUGGUAGGAGGAAGCGUUAUGAAACUCAACCCGGACAUAGAGGCCGCACAUAAGAUUCGAGGAUGGUAUGAACGAGGUGGAUGUGAUGCCGUUAUUAACAGUGUAUCUGCCCGAAGUGGGGCUGGUGCGGGUUAUUCAACCGAAUGGAUGACCUUCCUUGAAACUAAGGAAAAGAAUCUCGGCCACGGAGAUAAACCAGAUUAUUUCCAAGUUAAGGCACUGGUGCACAACAUCCGAACAGCCAAUGCUGUGUACAAGGCUUGCCCACAAACCGAUUGCAACAAAAAGGUUAUCGAUCAAGAAAAUGGUCAAUAUCGCUGUGAAAAAUGCAACGCUGAUUUCCCCAACUUUAAGUAUCGUCUGCUUGCCAAUAUGUUAAUCGGCGAUUGGACUUCGAACCGAUGGGUAACGGUGUUUACGGAUCUGGCCGAGCAGAUGCUAGGGAAGUCAUCCCAAGAGAUCGGCGAAGCGUUGGAGUACAACAAAGAUGAAGCCGAACGGAUAUUCGGAUCGGCCGGCUUCAAAAGCUAUGUCUUCAAGCUGCGCACCAAGGUCGAAUUCUAUGGAGAUGCUGCCCGCAACAAGGUGACAGCAGUAGCGGCCACCCCCGUCAACCACAGAGAGUACAAUUCUUAUCUCGUCAAAAACAUUCAAGAUCUUACCGGUAUUGGUAAAAACUAGACUUUAAGCCUUUUGUUUUGUCCUAAAUAAACGUUAUUAAGCUAGUAUUAAAACGAUUAAAGCAGGGGUGAGCAACCUUUUUAACCAACGGGCCAAUUUAAAUUUGAAAUUUUGUCGGCGGGCCGCACUUAUAAUUUUUUUUUUCUUCAAUAAUAAGCAGAGCUUCGUGGCAUUUUUAUAACCGAAAGUUUUUGACGAAGACUAAUCUGAAAAGGUAAAUCGAAUUCACUUUUUUAACAUCAGAAAUUCAACACGACUUUUUGAAUACCCGAUAUUGAGAAGGUGUAUCAUUAAAUCUUUGUUUUUUUAUUCUGGCAAAAAAAAAAUUAAAUCUUUGUCAUUUUUCAAAUCUUUCAAUUUUUUUAAAGUACUUCUUGGCAAACAUUCGUUCAUAAAACAUUCUUGUUAAAACCGAUGGUACUAUUAUUCGUCAUCACUUCCAUUUCAAAAUCUCUUGGAGCCUCCCACAAUGAUAACUAAGAGUGUGAAAAAUAUGUAUUUAAAGAAAUCGCCGUCUCGGAGCGUUGGAA